AUGGGCUUCUCGGGUGCAGUCACCCUCACCGACCUCAACGACUUCAUCACCCCCUCCCAGGCCUGUAUCAAGCCAGUCGAAGUCAAGAAGAAGGCUAAUGACCAGUCGCAGAUACGGAUAGACGACACAGGCGGCUACUACGAGGUCUCCCGGGACGGCGACGAAACGAAACUCGAAACAGCUUCCAUAUCGCUCAACGACUGUCUAGCAUGCAGCGGGUGUAUCACCUCCGCGGAGAGUGUACUGAUCACAAUGCAGAGCCAUAAAGAGCUCUAUGAUGUUCUAAAGGCGAACAAAGAGGCGGAGGCGAACGGCGGAGUGGUGUCGGCAGGAGAAGUGGCGAUGGAGGUGAAUGGCGAGGAAGCACCUCAGAGACCACAAUUCCGCACGGUGGUCAUUUCGGUCUCGCCGCAGUCGCGAGCGUCGUUGGCAGCAAAGUAUAACAUCACGCCACUGGAAGUGCACAAACGGUUACUGUGGUUCUUCAAAUCGUACCUGGGUGCACACUAUGUCUUCGACACGGCCUUCUCGCGCGAUUUCGCGUUACUGGAGAGCGGAAGGGAAUUCGUCAAGCGGUACAGACAAUACCGCGGAGGGGGUGCAAUAGGAUUGCAAAGCCCCCUAUCGACGUCAUCACCACCCUCACCACCUGCCCCACUCCCCAUGCUCGCCAGCGCCUGCCCGGGCUGGAUCUGCUACGCCGAAAAAACGCACGAUCACAUCAUCCCUUACAUCGACAGCACCAAAUCCCCUCAACAAAUCAUGGGCUCCCUCGUGAAAGACUACCUCGCGCGGCAAGUCGGCCACACCUCGCCCGCGCAAGUCUACCACGUCGCCGUGAUGCCCUGCUACGACAAGAAACUCGAAGCGUCCCGCCAGGAUUUCUACAGCGACCUGUAUUCCACCCGCGACGUCGAUUGCGUGAUCACUACCGGCGAGGUCGACCAGAUGCUAGCGGAACAUAACAUGCACCUCCCCGAUAUCCCCGCCCUACCACUGGACGACAGCCUGUUCACGAAAGCCGUCAUGCACUCGCCGGCCGAUAACUACAACCCAAUGGCUAUAACCGCCCUCAUCGACGCACCCAUAUUAGCGGGAACAGAAGGCUCCUCAUCAGGCGGCUACCUCUCCUACAUCCUCCGCUACGCCGCCUCCGAGCUGUUCAACAUCCAGCUGUCCCUCGAGGACGUCGAAGCAGGCACGAACGGCGUCGAGAUCCGCCCGGGACGAAACCCCGAUUCGAAGGAGUACCUGUUCUACCUCCCCACGGAUACGGAAACGCCCGUGCUGAGGUUCGCGAUCGCGUACGGGUUUAGGAAUAUACAGAAUCUGGUGAGGAAGGUCGAUGCCCCUGCGUCCGCUUCGGCAGCGACGGGGACAGGGACGGGGAUGCGGGGCGCUGUGAGGAGACGGCGGGUGGGUGCGGCGUCUGCUUCCACUGCGGCUGUAACGGCACCAUACGACUACAUCGAAAUCAUGGCCUGUCCCUCUGGCUGCAUCAACGGCGGCGGGCAGCUCAAACCACCCACGCCCCCUCCCUCACCCAUCCCAACCACCACCCCCACCAACCCCCGCGACUGGAUCAACCUAACCGAGCAAGCCUACCGCAGUGUCGCGCGCACAGGCGGCGUGCAGCCCCCGGAUAGAAACGCGGCGGUGGAUCUGUUGUAUGAGACGUGGUUGGGUGGGAGGGAGACGGAGAAGGCGAGGGAGAUGCUGCAUACGCGGUAUCGGGCGGUGGAGAAGACGGAUGUGAGUGGGUUGGCUGUUAAGUGGUAG